ACCUAUAUCUUAACUUUAUUAAUAUACACAUAUCAUAAUAAUUAAAUUAGUUUUUCAUGUUCAACCUAAUAAAAUGGCAAAACCCAGAAAUCUUUUCACCUGCUGCUCUCUGCUAAUGGCAAUCAUGUUUGCUUUUUCUUCAUCAGUUCAAUUAAAUGACCCUGAUUGGUACUUCUGGUUUCCCCUCUAUGCUUGUGCUUGUAUCGUCAAUCUAUUAAAUUGGAGAAUCUCAGCAAAAGGGUAUAUCAAACAUGUUGCAAAAGUGGCACUGUGUCUUGGAGUAUUGUUGUUUAUUAAGGUUGUGGUUGAAGGUUAUGUAAGAAAGAUAGCUGGAUUGUGGUUAUUAGAUUUGGCUGAGAGAGUUGUUAGGGAGAAAACAGGGAGUUUGUUGGUUAUAAUCUCCAUGGUUUUGCAUUUGGUAUGUUUAUCAGAAUCAGUGGAUCUUAAGCAAAGAAAGAAGAGGGAAACUGUUGGAAGAGGUGUUGUUGCAUAUGGUGAGUGACACUAGAACUAGUUUUGUUUUCUACUUGCUUAAAUCAUUUUUUGAGCUUCCACUAACCAUUCUCAUGUGGUAGCUGAAUUUAUUUUUGUGCAAG